AUGUUCAGAGAAAAGUCCCCUGACUUGGAAGACGGAGACUUUGAGUCUCGCGAAAGCCUUCUGCCUGAAGAGCAAGAGGCAUGGAGCCAGGAUGAUGAAUUCGAUAGCUGCGACGACUGUGUCACUACUGUUCUUCAAUUAACUGCGCUGGGUGUCUUUUUCCUUCUCGGUUUAUUGUUCGGGACAAUGUGGCAUGGCGACUUGGACAGCCGGUGCAGUCAGCAUGUUGCCCGGUACUCCCCGGUGAUGAGCGAGGUGGGAAUCACAUACCACCUUCAAAGGUCGAACAACCCGCUACUGAAGGACUCGGUCUACCGACAAGAGGCGAAUCCAGAGGUAGAUGCGGCCUGGGAUGCUCUUGGAGUUAACUAUCGAAGUAUCCGGGUAUCGCCCGAGGAAGCAGCCGAGUCAGAUUUCUCAUCUGAUCAAGUCAAGAUCAAUCCGAGCUACGGUGGAGGAUUUCCCGCUGACGUAGAGGGUCUACGGCAUCUUCAGUGCUUGAAUCUCCUUCGUCAAUCUCUUUACUUCAAUUACGAUUAUUACCAUUCCGAGGGCAAAGGCGUUUUCGCAAAUAACGAUUUCAUCGCGCGGCAUCAAAUUGCCCAAUGUGUCGAUGUUCUCCGCCAGCAACUUAUGUGUACGGUAGACACCGGCGUUGUAGGCCAAGUCUGGAUCUAUCCCGAGAACCCUGAACCAUUCGUCAACUUCAACACCCGCCAGCGAUGCAAAAACUUCGACGAAAUACGUGAAUGGGCAGAAAAACGUCAGUUGCCAGAGGAUCUACCUCUCGAUUUCCUACAACCUCCUGCGCCAGGUGAACACAUCUAUAAAGCAAUGCCCUAG